AUGAAAUUUUUAUCAGAAGAGGUCGAGGGAUCAAUUACUGCAAGUAAUAUUAAAGGUUCACUUGCUCCAGACUAUCCUAUUAAAUCCUCCUUAGAAAAUUUUAACGUGAAUUCUAAAUCAGUUACCAAAAGUAAAAUAAUGUCACCCUUUUGUCCUUUCUGUGAAACUGUCGGACAUUGGCCUCAACAGUGCAAUGUUGUAACGGACAUAGACGCGCGCAUACAGAAAUUGAAGACUAGUAAUAGAUGUUUUUUGUGCACUAACCGAGGACAUACCAAAAAAAAUUGCCCCCGUAGAGAAAAAUUUGUCUGUUCCAAAUGCAAGAGAAAACACCAUACAUCAAUAUGCAAACCUCUAACCAAUGAGCAGCCUGUGGCUACAUCUACAAACAAAAUUGAUGUAUCGCCUUCCAAUUUCGUUCAUUUGCAAACUGCACGAGUUUUCAUAACUGGGCCCACUGGCAUUACAAAACUGACACGUUGUCUAUUGGAUGGUGGAAGUCAAUCUAGUUUCGUUUCUUCUAAUCUUGUGGAUACUUUAAAACUUCCAGUAAUUUCAACCAGACAUUUGGACAUUCAAGCCUUUGAAUCCCCAGCUAAUGUUGGCUACAUGCGAAGACAAGUCAAAUUUCAGUUAUCAAGUAUCUGGGACAAAUCUAAAGUUAAUGUUACUGCAUUUGAAAGCUCCAACAAAUAUGCAUCACACCUACCUUCAUCAACGGAUGUUUCACUCUUUGCUAAAAACAAGCGAAUGAAACUUGCUGAUCCAGAUGAUUCAUUGUCGAACUUACCAAUUGAGAUUUUAAUCGGUGCAGAUUACUACUGGAUUGUUAUGAAUUCUGAAGCUCCAGUCAGGUUGUCGGAUUCUCUGGCCUUGGUCCCAUCAAGUUUUGGUUGGGUACUUAGUGGAACUCGAUCACACGCAACAGUUUCCUUCAUUUCAACGGUUCAUAAUGUUGAUGUGGAUACUUCAACUCAGGAAUUAGAUAAUGUGGUACGAAAUUUCUGGAACUUAGAGAGCAUUGGCAUACAACCAACACAAGAAAAAAUAAGUCCUCACAACUCUGAACUCUUAACGAACUUUCAUCAAUCUUUUGAAAUCAUCGAUGGUAGAAGAGUUGUAAAAUUGCCUUGGAAACCAGAAGUUCAACUUUCGUCGAACAAUUAUGAAGUCGCAAUUCAACGAUUUAAAUCUUUAACAAGGAAAAUGCAUGCAAAUUCAGAAUUCAAAGAAAAAUAUAUUGAGCACAUGCAAGAUUACAUUGAUAAAAAACACGUUGAAGUUGUCUCAGAAACACAUAAUGAAGAACGUUUAUUUUACUUGCCCCAUCACGCUGUAAAGAAAAUCACAAAUGGAGAAACUAAGUGGCGUAUAGUUUUUGAUGCAUCUUCACAUUCUCCAGGUCACCCAUCUUUGAACGACGCUCUUGAAGUAGGACCAAAUCUUCUUCCCGAUAUCUUAGCCACAUUGUUGAGAUUUCGACUUUCUAAAAUAGCAAUCACUAGUGAUGGGCGACAAGCAUUUCUGCAGCUGAUUCUAGCAGAAGAAGACAGAGAUGCAACACGAUUUAUUUGGUACAAUACUACAUAUACUCCUGAUGGGAAACUCUGCACUGAAGAUAAAAUUGUAACCUAUCGAUUCACACGUCUUCCAUUUGGACUCGUCUCUAGUCCAUUUUUAUUAGCAGCUUCUCUUCGUGAAUUGGCUACAAAACACAAACAAGCAUAUCCUACAGCAACUAGACACAUUGAGAAUAACACCUAUAUGGAUGAUUUUGUAACCGGAACGUCUACGGAUACUGAAGCUCUGAUUCUUUACCAAGAACUGCAGCAACUUACAUCACUUAUUAGCCUACCAUUAGACAAAUGGACUACAAAUUCUAAGAUUUUGAAAGAUAUGUGGAAACAAGAAAACGUCUCGUUUAAGGAUAUCACGCAAGUCUUGGGUGUUAAAUGGGAUACUAACAGUGAUGUUUUUCAAAUUGAUGUGCAGACAAAAAUUGUUCAAGCAUGUAAAGAACCAGUAACAAAACGCUUACUACUGAAGUUGAUGUCAAAGUUUUACGAUCCUCUAGGCUUGUUUGCUCCAGUUACAGUAGUUGUGAAGAUAUUGUUUCAAGAUACAUGGCUUAGUGGUAUUCAGUGGGAUGAACUAUUACCUCCAUCUGUAGCACAGCAGUGGCACAAGUGGAUAAAUGAAUUACACUAUCUGAAUGAAAUAUGCAUCCCAAGAUGGAUUGGCUUUUCCGAAAAUUCCGACGUUACCAUACAUGUGUUUUGCGACGCUUCGGAACGUGCAUAUGGUGCUUGCUUGUACGCGCGUCACGCAGAUGAUAUUUCUACAGAGAUCCAUCUCAUUUGCAGUCGAAAUAAACUAGCCCCAAUCAAAAGGGUCACCCUUCCGAGACUUGAAUUGUUAGCUGCACUACUAGGAGCUCGCCUACUCCAGUAUUUUUGCAAGGAAACGAACAUGAAUUCUUACACUGCCAUACUAUGGAGCGAUUCUACUGUAGUUUUAAGUUGGAUAAAGGGAAAUCCCAACCUUUGGAAAACAUUUGUCUGCAACAGAACAACAGAAAUUCUUCAAAACACUACUUCAGCACAAUGGCGCCACUGUCCCGGUACGGAUAACCCUGCGGAUCAUCUUACACGUGUUGAAGCUGAAUCACGAAAAACCAAAUUUCAAUCCUCCUACGUUGCAACUACAGAACCCAUCAUAGAUAUAUCUCGUUAUAGUUCUUAUACGAAACUUCUUCGUGUGACUGCCUGGAUUCUGCGUUUUGUAUACAACUGUAAGACUCAGCAACGCAUAACUCUGUUAUGGCAAGUUUUGUCAUCAGCUAAAACUCAGCAGUAUUAUGCCCAAAAUGGCAUAACUUGGAAAUUUAUCUCCCCACGAGCGGCUUGGUGGGGAGGCUGGUGGGAACGCCUAAUAGGAGUUGUCAAGCGAUGUCUACGAAAGGUACUCGGACGAGCACUUCUUGACGAGGAAGGUCUGUCCACGGCCCUCAUUGGAAUAGAAGCCGCUCUGAACAGUCGACCAUUGGCAUACGAAGGUGGAAAAGAUGACAGUUCCACAGCCUUAACACCAAGCCAUUUCUUGACAGGACGAAAACUAACGGCCAUUCCAUCCAACCCAAAUAACAACACAAAGCUAAGAAAAAUCUACAAGCAGCUGCAGGACUUACUCGACUGCUUUAGGAAAAAAUGGUCCAAGGAAUAUUUGCUUCAAUUGCGGUCAUUUCAUCAAGUUCGUAAUCAGGACAAUAUCAUUAACAUCCGAAUUGGCGAUAUUGUACUCCUACAAGAGGAUGUCCGACCACGGCACAUGUGGAAGAAAGCUAGAGUGGUGAACUUGCAUGAAGGACGAGAUGGGAAAAUAAGAUCCUGUGAGCUGAGAGUUAAUGGUCACAAUAUAACCCGUCCGGUAGCUUUGGUCAUCCCCCUCGAGGUCGACCAGGGUGGGGAGGAUGAUGAGGUUGAGUUCGAGAUUAGUUAG